UCUGAAAGUUUGGAGAAAGCGUAUAUUGCAAGAGACGUUACACGGAAAUUCGGAAUGGCUCCAAAGUUUAUCAUCACUGGCGCCGACGGCGGAUGUCACACCACUCGUCUUCUUCCCAGCUACUCAGAUGUCUGCCCGUAGUCCUCUAUCCGUCGUGUUUCUCUUGCACAUCGCUCUGGAAGCUCCCCUCGCGAUCUCAGCAUUCUGGUCGCCCGCCUCGAUUCCAUUCCUGCAGAUGACCAACACAACGCUGGUGCUACUCAAGUUAUACACUGCAUUUACAGCCGCAACAUGCGUGACAACACUUCUAGUUCACCCUCUUCCUGAAUUCCUCCCUGGAAAACGCGCCUUAGCCUUCGGGCUUUGCAUCUACCACAGCGUUGCGUCUACGGUCUUGUUCCAGGCCCCCCGGUUCAUACCGCAUAGCUUUGGACCUCUAUUUGAAUCGCUCAAGGUCACCCCCGAAGUUGUGUGGGGCACACUGCACGGUCUGCUCGGACUUGCAAUGGUCGUAUGGUGGCAGGGUACACUGGGGUAUGUUGCAAUGGCAAGGAAAACAGCUUAGUUGGUGAAGGAGGCAUGACGCAGUGUACAGAUUGACGACGAGUACCCAUGAGACCAAAUACAGAGAUUCAUGUCGUUGAGAAGGGAGUCCGAUAAAUGAAUGCAUCAUUUCUUCACCAAUGGCGGUUCGCGUAGCUUCUCAGUUACGUCGGAUGAGUGGUACUUUGCGUCAUCCUGGCCCGAAUGGGGUUGUUCGCCUUGCAAUAUGAAAAAGAAUCGCAAGAAACCUGUGGAUGU